AUGUGGAUUACCGUUCGAAAACUCUCGGCUGAAUACUCGUGGAAUUCUACGAAAUAUGGCGUAUGGCUCGCCGAACGCCUCGAAACAGGAGAGCCAUGUGUGCUGAAGAAUGCCGACCCUGUCUACGACUCUGGCGGGGUGCGACAGGAGAUCAUUGCUUUAGGGCAGCUAAGUCAUAACAACAUCAUCAAAAUGUAUGACCACAAGAUCAAUGCAGGAGAAGACGUUAGUAUAUUUCUGGAAUAUUGCGACAGAGGAACGUUGGCUGAGUUCAUCGAGGAACAGAGCAUGUCCGAGUACAUACCCCCUGAAGAGUUCGUCUGGCACGUCUUCGAGUCCAUAGCUGCAGCCCUGACAGAAUGUCACAGAUCGCAAGGCACAGAUGGACGGAUAGUUCACCUCAACAUCAAACCCGGCAACGUGUUCCUCUCCAGCAAGUCUGCUGAUGGCGCUCCCAUAACCUCCGCCUAUCCACGAAUUGUUCUAGGCGAUUUCGAAAUGUCCAUUACCGAGUCGCAACAUGCGCGCAACAUGCGGGAGGAUCCCAAGGAAGGUCAUGAGAACCAUAAUACAGACAAUGAUUUCUUACCCCCGGAAGCGCCGAUGUUCUCCUUUCGCAGCGAUGUCUACCAGCUUGGACUACUGAUAUACUGUUUAUGCAAUGUAGUCGACGAUCCUGGAUUUCCCCGCUGGGGUAAUUCUACUAAACGGACGAAGUUGUUAAAGAAAAUCGCAUUCAAACCUAUUUCUAAAACAUACUCAGUGAAUCUAUUCGAACUCGUCUGGGAGUGCUUGCAACUAGAUCCUGAGGCGCGGCCACAGUCGUGGGAACUCUUGGACAAAAUCAGGGAGGCAAGGCAGUCGUGAGAGAUUGGUUUAGCACUGGGCUUCUAG